GGAGUGUGGAAACUCACAAGAGACAGUUCAGCCUAGAAGGGUAGUCAUUUCUCAUAAUAUGGAUAAAGCUUUGAAAGAAGUGUUUGACUACAGUUACAGAGAUUAUAUCCUCUCUUGGUAUGGUAACCUCAGCAGAGAUGAGGGACAGCUUUACCAUCUGCUCUUGGAAGACUUUUGGGAAAUUGCCAGACAGCUACGCCACAGGCUGAGUCAUGUGGAUGUGGUUAAAGUUGUCUGCAAUGAUGUUGUGAGGACUCUACUCACUCACUUCUGUGACCUGAAAGCAGCUAAUGCCAGACAUGAGGAACAGCCAAGACCUUUUGUGUUGCAUACAUGCUUGAGGAACGCAAAUGAUGAAGUAAGAUUCCUACAAAUGUGUUCUCGAGUUCUGGUAUUUUGUCUCCUCCCCUCAAAGGAUACCCAGUCUCUCAGCUUACGUAUCAUGCUUGCGGAAAUACUCACUACAAAAGUCUUAAAGCCAGUGAUAGAAUUGUUAAGUAAUCCAAAUUAUAUUAACCAAAUGCUGCUUGCCCAGUUGGAAUAUAGAGAACAGAUGAAUGAGCAUCACAAGAGAGCCUACACAUAUGCUCCUUCUUAUGAAGAGUUCAUCAAGCUUAUCAACAGCAACUCUGAUGUGGAGUUCUUGAAACAACUAAGGUAUCAGAUUGUAGUAGAAAUAAUUCAAGCGACUACAAUUAGCAGCUUUCCCCAACUGAAGAGACACAAGGGAUUUGGUGAAACUUCUAUUUCAAUGUGUAAGAACAGUGAAAGGCUGGUCUUUCAGGGUGCAUAUUGGCUGAGGAAUGGAGGCCGUCAAAUUCUUCAAUUUGAAGAUAUUUUGGGCAGUCCUUUCUAUAGAGAACACUUUCGAAUAUACAUGGAAAGGAUGGACAAGAGAGCUCUGAUUGGUUUUUGGGAGUCUGUGGAACAUUUAAAGAGUGCUAACAAGAAUGAAAUCCCACAAUUAGUUGGUGAAAUUUACCAGAAUUUCUUUGUGGAAAGCAAAGAAAUCUCAGUGGAAAAAUCCCUUUACAAAGAAAUCCAGCAGUGUCUUGUAGGAAAUAAGGGGAUUGAGGUAUUCUAUAAAAUCCAGGGAGAUGUUUAUGAGAUCCUAAAGGAGAGGUACUACCCUUCAUUUAUUGUCAGUGACCUUUAUGAGAAAUUGAUGAUGAAAGAGGAAGAGAAACAUGCUUCCCAUUUGAUUUCCAACAAGGAUGAAAUGGUUCCAGGAGGUGAGGCUGGGGAGGAUACGGUGGAUGAAGGCACCAGUGGAAUUAGUGAACAAGCCAGCUUUACUGUAAGCAAACUAAGAGAGCUAAGUGAGAAACUCGAAUACAAAAAACAAGCUCUAAGUUCUAUUCAGAAUGCGCCAAAACCUGACAAGAAGAUUGUUUCCAAGUUGAAGGAUGAAAUACUUUUAAUAGAGAAAGAACGCACAGAUCUUCAACUGCACAUGGCAAGAACAGACUGGUGGUGUGAAAACCUUGGCAUGUGGAAAGCCUCCAUUACCAGUGGAGAGGUUACAGAAGAGAAUGGUGAGCAGAUGCCUUGUUACUUUGUCACAGUGAGCUUACAAGAAGUCGGAGGAGUUGAAACUAAGAAUUGGACUGUCCCAAGAAGACUCAGUGAAUUUCAGAAUUUACACCGGAAGCUUAGUGAGUAUCCCCAGGAAGAGAUAGAGGAAGACAGUGACCUGUCAGAUUAUGGUGAUGAUGUGGAUGGGAAGAAAGACUCCUUGGCUGAACCAUGUUUCAUGCUGAUUGGAGAGAUUUUUGAACUUCGAGGAAUGUUUAAGUGGGUGAGAAGAACAUUAAUUGCUCUCGUUCAGGUCACAUUUGGAAGAACCAUCAACAAACAAAUCCGGGAUACAGUGAACUGGAUUUUCAGUGAGCAAAUGUUGGUUUACUACAUCGGUGUUUUCCGGGAUGCUUUUUGGCCAAAUGGGAAAUUGGCAGCACCAUCUGCAAUUAGAAGUGAUGCAGGAAGUCAGGAAACAAAACAGAAGGCGCAGCAAAAGCUACUUGAAAACAUUCCAGAUACACUUCAAAGCCUUGUUGGACAGCAGAAUGCCCGCCAUGGUAUAAUAAAAAUAUUCAAGGCACUUCAAGAAAGAAGAGCUAACAAGCAUCUAUUAUAUGUGCUGAUGGAGCUGCUGCUAAUUGAACUGUGUCCUGAGCUAAGAACUCACUUAGAUCAAUUCAAGGCUGGUCAAGUCUGAGACUGCACAAUUCAGCCACCAGAGAAAUGUCUGUGUAAUAAUAGACAUGAAACAUUUUCCUCUUUUCCACAGAGGGCCUGACUGAGAACCAUAGCAAUUUUUAUUUUUAUUUUAGAUCCCCCCUCUAAUUUCAUGUAAAACAAGCAAAAUUGAGGGGCGGGGAGGGAGACUGGAUACUGUAGUAGGCCACAACAACAAAAUUGUUUAUUGAUUUUAUUUAAAUACUAUAAAUACUUUAAAGUUCAACAUGCUGGUUGAAAUACAAAUGUUAAUAGGUGAUAAGAAUCUAGGACAUAUUUUAAAUAUUUAUGGAAAUCAGUUUUGUUUUAAAAUGAAGAACUAUGAAUAUUGUACAGUUGAUUUCCUCACUGAGGAUUCUAGACAUUCCUGUGUUAUUUCAUGUGUAUGAGAAACAUUGUUGUGCAAUGCUUUGUGUAAAGUUACUGUGAAAAUUUUAUUGUCUUUAUUUUUACCAAAGAUUUACCAUAGUUUGAAGCAUUUGAAGCAAUAAAAUAUAAAAAUGAAUUAUAGUGCUCAAUAUUAAAGAUGUUUUUAUCUCAAAAAGAGUUGAAAUAA